ACCAAUGAUGCACGAGAAAGAACCAGUUAGGGAAAAUGGCUGACUAUGCAUUAGGUGAUGUUUUGACAAUUUUACUUCUUUGAUUACGGUAGUCGGGGGAAAAAAACGGUGUUGUCGUAUUUUGAAGUAUGAUUUAAAUCGUACCGCGUGACAAAUAGUUUAACGAGGGGUAAAAAUAUUUGUCGGUACACGUGAUCCGAUCGACCAAGAAAAUCCUGUCAAAACUUGUCUGGACGUGUUUUAAGUAGCUGCCAUCAGGAAAUACUCAUUAUGAACGCUUGAGAAAAGUUUUUCAACAGCGUUCGCGAGGAAACAAUUACUAUAAUAGAAUUUUUAUACUAUCGAUGAUCAAAAAUUCAUACCGAUUGGCAACUUAUGUGAUAUAAUAUAAUGAUAAAGCGUAACGUGAAAGUAUUUAGAAUAUUCCUAUAAAAGAAAAACGAAAAAAAAGAGAUACAAAUGAUAUACCUUUGAGGCGAUAAGAUGCCUGUCAAUCCAUUUAAUAAUGGGACAGCAUUUCGCUAGUCUCAGAGAAUUUUUUAGAAUGGAUAGCGAACGGCAGUCUUCCGAAGUGUGCGCUAACGUUAUUCAAUCGUCUCAGUUAGAAAUGACGAAUCAAGACGGCAUAGAGAAUUUACACGAUAAUAAAAAUAACGGAAAUGUACCUGCGUUAAAUUCAAAUUUGAUCUUGCACGGCGAAUGCAAGUUUGACGGAAAUUUGGACAACGAUCAUUUAAAUUUAGACUUAGAUAAUCACAAUUCCAAAUUUGAGACCUUGUAUAGCCAACCGGUCGAAACUCAGGAUUCGAAGCAGAUCUGUAGCAAUGGGAAUGUUAGUAGCGAGAUACGUUUUAAACAACAGGAACCGUGUUGCAGUAGCUCAGAGGGUAGUAAUACUAGUAGUAGUUCGGAAGAUAGUCCCGUAAACCCUCCUUUAAGGAGAUCUUCUAAAACAUUAUCGUUUGGAAAACGAAAAGGUAAACAGCGUAACAAGGAUCAAAGUCCAGUGUGUACCCACGUUCUAUCUUCGAAAAAGAAACGCAGCAACUGGGUGUUAAAAUUUAAUUGUGCCAAGAGUAAAGGUUCCAAAAGCACGGACAUUAUUCCUGGCCACGGUAACAACAAUUCAGAUUGCGUGUGUACUGGUUACAGACGAACAGAAGAGCACUCUAUGGGGGCUGGUGUCAUAUUUAAUAGUCGAUCUGCUCCCCAAAGUCCAGUACUUGGACCGCUCCCUCCCAGUCCUGUAAUUGACCUCUCAAGGUUCAAUCCGGAGGAGUUUCCGAUGGAGGACUGCGACGAAAGAGCUCGAUUGCAACGGGCACGAGAAAUGGAGGAAGGCGUUGAACCUCCUCCCGGUUAUAAGCCUAAUUAUUCUUCAGGUAUACAAGUGCAUCCAAAUGGAAUAACAGUGGACAGUUUAGCGGCGCUGUUUCAAGCGCAUGCUGGCAUACAAGCUGCCGCGCUCACAGCCUUAUCUCAAAUCGAUUUUACGUUAAUUCCAAACAUCGAAAGGCUGGCACAUACACAGGUCGAUUACGUUCAUUGUCUUGUGCCGGACCUAAGAUCGAUCACAGCUUGUUCGUUUUAUUGGGGUAAAAUGGAUAGAUACGAGGCAGAACGUUUACUGGAGGACAAGCAAGAAGGCACGUUCUUGUUGCGGGACUCGGCCCAGGAGGAGUUUCUGUUCUCUGUUAGCUUUCGAAAAUACGGGCGCUCGCUGCAUGCCCGAAUCGAACAGUGGAAUCACAAAUUCAGUUUCGACUCCCACGAUCCGGGUGUGUACGCUUCGGAAACGGUGUGCGGUUUAAUCGAGCAUUAUAAGGAUCCGUCUUGUUGUAUGUUCUUCGAACCUAUGCUCACGAUACCGUUGCAUCGAAAUUUCGCUUUCCCGUUGCAACACCUGUGUCGAGCGGUGAUAACUACGCGAACGACGUACGACGGUAUAAAUAAGCUGCAAUUGCCAAAGACGCUUAAAAGUUAUCUAAAGGAAUACCAUUACAAGCAAAGGGUACGAGUAAGGCGAUUGGACACUGAAAACGAUUUGCAGUCGGACGGAAGAUCCAUAUCAUACAGUAGCUCCCCCUGUCAAGUAAGAAAAUCGGGCCCGCAGAUUAUUUUGAAGGCUGGUUAAAGGCCGCGAAUUUAUCUCGCGUUUGGAUGUAGCACGAAACCAGCCGUACGGAAGAGGAGAAGUGAACACAUCCGAGAGCGAGCGAGAUAUCGAAAUUUCAAAGUGAUGCAUAUCGAUGUAUCGACCGCUAAUGCGAAAUAAAAAUUUCUUUAUCUUCGCGCGAGUAUCGUUAAUAGAUCGAUGAGGUUUUCUCGAUGAAAGUGAGCCCUCGUUCAGACUAUCUUUAAUUAUACGAAUCGUUUCUAAAAACCUUUGGUACAGAGUGUUCGGCCAUCCCUGGGAAAAAUUGUAGUGGGUGAUUCUAGGGGCCAAAAUAAGACGAAAAUCAAGAAUAUCAAUUUUUUGCCUAAUGCCUCGUUAAAAA